UCACAUCCUGGUCGCUGUGUGUAAAGUUGCGGCGCUGCGGUCGACGUCCAGUGUCUUGUCAGUCACAGACACACCAUCAUUGUAAGUCUUCAUCACCUGAGUCAACGAGCAUCAUGAGGUACAGGGUGGUCACUACUUACCUCAUGUACCUGCUGUUGGUGCCAAGCCUGGCUCAACAGUUAACAGCUCGUGUGGUCGGUGGCACAGAGGAGGCGGGACGUCUGGAAAUCUUUUACAAUGGAACUUGGAACACAGUGUGUGGUGAGGGUUUUGAACAGGAAGAAGCUUUGGUAGCCUGCAGAAUGUUAGGAUUCAACAGCACAACAACAGUAGCCGUGGGGUCAGCCAUGUACGGACGAGGCUCUGGUCCUAUUCUGUUCAAUUACCUGCGGUGUGUGGGGCACGAAACCAGCCUGGCGCUGUGUAGACACUGGGGGCUCUACAAACACAACUGUGGACACUGGGAGGAUGUCGGCGUCGUGUGCAACUUUACUCAACAGUUAAAAGCUCGUGUGGUCAAUGGCACAACGGAGGCGGGACGUCUGGAAAUAUUUCACAACGGAAACUGGAACAGAGUGUGUGAUGACGGUUUUGGACAGGAAGAGGCUUUGGUAGCCUGCAGAAUGUUAGGAUUCAACAGCACAACAGCAGUAGCCGUGGGGUCAGCCAAGUACGGAGAAGGCUCUGGUCCCAGUCUGUUCUAUGACCUGCGGUGUGUGGGGCACGAAACCAGCCUGGCGCAGUGUCAACACUCGGGGCUCUACAGACACAGCUGUAGACACAGGAGCGUUGUCGGCGUCGCGUGCAACACUACUCAACAUUUAAAAGCUCGUGUGGUCGGUGGCACAGCGGAGGCGGGACGUCUGGAAAUCUUUUACGAUGGAACUUGGAACAAAGUGUGUCGUUACGGUUUUGGACAGAAAGAAGCUUUGGUAGCCUGCAGAAUGUUAGGAUUCAACAGUACAACAGCAGUAGCCGUGGGGUCAGCCAAGUACGGAUCAGGCUCUGGUCCUAUUCUGUUCGGUUACCUGCAGUGUGUGGGGAACGAAACCAGCCUGGCGCAGUGUAGAUACUUGGGGCUCUACAUACACAACUGUAGAUACUGGGAGGAUGUCGGCGUCGCGUGCAACAUUACUGAAAAGUUAAGAGCUCGUGUGGUCGGUGGCACAGCAGAGGCGGGACGUCUGGAAAUAUUUUACGAUGGAGAAUGGAACACAGUGUGUCGUGAGGGUUUUGGACAAGAAGAAGCUUUGGUAGCCUGCAGAAUGUUAGGAUUCAACAGCACAACAGCAGUAGCCGUGGGGUCAGCCAAGUACGGAGCAGGCUCUGGUCCUAUUCUGUUCAGUUACCUGAAGUGUGUGGGGAACGAAACCAGCCUGGCGCAGUGUCAACACCCGGGGCUCUACAUACACGACUGUACACACUGGCAGGAUGUCGGCGUCGUGUGCAACAUUACUUGGGGAGAAUGGGGGACCUGGUCAGCAUGCAGCGCCACCUGUGGAGAUGGAACUAGGUCAAGGCAGCGCACGUGCAGCGUAACACAAGCCUCAUGUCCAAGGGAGGCUACACAGACCGACACGUGUAACAUCACCGCGUGCUGUGUUCCUAGACAUGGACAGUGGAACAUCUGGGGCAGCUGGUCUUCAUGUUCUCGAUCUUGUAAUAAAGGAACACGUACAAGGUCAAGGACGUGCUCUGAACCCAACGCCUGUGGACGACCUUGUGAGGGAAACAAUGCUACAGAGAAACCCUGCAACGACUAUGUGUGUCCUGCUUGGGGAUCGUGGGGCAGCUGGACAUGCAGCGUCACCUGUGGAACAGGAACAAUGUCAAGGACGCGUACCUGUACUCCGCCAUCCGCCACGUGCUCAGGUGAUGCCAGUGACCAACAAGAGUGCCAGCGUCCGGCGUGUUGCGUUCCUCAAGAUGGACGGUGGAGCGACUGGGGCAGCUGGUCCUCAUGUUCUCUGUCUUGCGGUCAAGGAACACAUACAAGGUCAAGGACAUGCUCUGGUGCCAAUGCCUGUGGACGACCUUGUGAGGGAGACAGUUCUUCAAAUGAAUACUGCAACUUGUCUGCAUGUCCAGCUUGGGGAUCGUGGAGCAGCUGGACCUGCAGCGUCACCUGUGGAAGAGGAACAGAGUCAAGGACGCGCACCUGUACUCCGCCAGGCGCCACGUGUGCAGGUGACGCCAGUCAAGCACAAGAUUGUCAGAGACCAGAGUGUUGUGAUCCUAGACAUGGAGAGUGGAACGACUGGGGCAGCUGGUCUUCAUGUUCUGUGUCUUGUGGUCAAGGAACACGUGCAAGGUCAAGGACGUGUAAUGGACCUAACGCCUGUGGACGACCUUGUGAAGGAAACAGUUCUACAGUUGAAUACUGCAACCUGUCUGCGUGUCCAGCUUGGGGAUCGUGGAGCAGCUGGACAUGCAGCGUCACCUGUGGAACAGGAACAAUGUCAAGGACGCGUACCUGUACUCCGCCAUCCGCCACGUGCUCAGGUGAUGCCAGUGACCAACAAGAGUGCCAGGGUCCGGCGUGUUGCGUUCCUCAAGAUGGACGGUGGAACGACUGGGGCAGCUGGUCCUCAUGUUCUGUGUCUUGUGGUCAAGGAACACGUACAAGGUCAAGGACGUGUAAUGGACCUAACGCCUGUGGACGACCCUGUGAGGGAAACAAUUCUACAGAGGAAGUCUGCAACCUGUCUGCGUGUCCAGCUUGGGGAUCGUGGGGCAGCUGGACAUGCAGCGUCACCUGUGGAAGAGGAACAGAAUCAAGGACGCGCACCUGUACUCCGCCAGGCGCCACGUGUGCAGGUGACGCCAGUCAAGCACAAGAGUGUCAGAGACCAGAGUGUUGUGUUCCUCAAGAUGGACGGUGGAACGACUGGGGCAGCUGGUCCUCAUGUUCUGUGUCUUGUGGUCAAGGAACUCGUACAAGGUCAAGGACGUGUCAUGGAAUGAACGCCUGUGGACGACCCUGUGAGGGAAACAGUGCUACAGGGGAAUACUGCAACGAUUAUGUGUGUCCAGCUUGGGGAUCGUGGAGCAGCUGGACAUGCAGCGUCACCUGUGGAACAGGAACAAUGUCAAGGACGCGUACCUGUACUCCGCCAUCCGCCACGUGCUCAGGUGAUGCCAGUGACCAACAAGAGUGCCAGCGUCCGGCGUGUUGCGUUCCUCAAGAUGGACGGUGGAACGACUGGGGCAGCUGGUCUUCAUGUUCUGUGUCUUGUGGUCAAGGAACACGUACAAGGUCAAGGACGUGCUAUGGACCCAAUGCCUGUGGACGACCUUGUGAGGGAGACAGUUCUUCAAAUGAAUACUGCAACUUGUCUGCAUGUCCAGCUUGGGGAUCGUGGAGCAGCUGGACAUGCAGCGUCACCUGUGGAAGAGGAACAGAGUCAAGGACGCGUACCUGUACUCCGCCAGGCGCCAGGUGUGCAGGUGACGCCAGUCAAGCACAAGAUUGUCAGAGACCAGAGUGUUGUGUUCCUAGACACGGACAGUGGAACGACUGGGGCAGCUGGUCCUCAUGUUCUGUGUCUUGUGGUCAAGGAACACGUACGAGGUCAAGGACGUGUAAUGGACCUAACGCCUGUGGACGACCCUGUGAAGGAAACAGUUCUUCAGAGGAAUACUGCAACCUGUCUGCGUGUCCAGCUUGGGGAUCGUGGAGCAGCUGGACGUGCAGCGUCACCUGUGGAACAGGAACAAUGUCAAGGACGCGUACCUGUACUCCGCCAUCCGCCACGUGCUCAGGUGAUGCCAGUGACCAACAAGAGUGCCAGCGUCCGGCGUGUUGCGUUCCUCAAAAUGGUCAGUGGAACGACUGGGGCAGCUGGUCCUCAUGUUCUGUGUCUUGUGGUCAAGGAACACGUACAAGGUCAAGGACGUGUUAUGGACCUAACGCCUGUGGACGACCUUGUGAUGGAAACAGUUCUUCAGAGGAAUACUGCAACUUGUCUGAGUGUCCAGCUUGGGGAUCUUGGGGCAGCUGGACCUGCAGCGUCACCUGUGGAAGAGGAACAGAGUCAAGGACGCGUACCUGUACUCCGCCAGGUGCCACGUGUGCAGGUGACGCCAGUCAAGCACAAGAUUGUCAGAGACCAGACUGUUGCGUUCCUAGACAUGGAGAGUGGAACGACUGGGGCAGCUGGUCCUCAUGUUCUGUGUCUUGUGGUCAAGGAAAACGUAGAAGGUUAAGGACGUGUCACGGAAUGAAUGACUGUGGACGACCUUGUGAGGGAAACAACUUUCUAGAUGAACCUUGCGACCUUCAGGCCUGUCCAGGUUGUUGCCAAUGAUUUUAUUUUUAGUCUGAGUAUCAUGCAAAUGCCUAAAGGCCUAAUUAAAUUAAUUUUUACUAAUCACAUUUCACAGCGUGCAGGAGACGAGAUUUGAACACACGACAGCCAAUUGUCCCGGUAUUUGUGACGUGUGUUACCGGACCGUCCGGAGAAGAUUACUAAAGUAUUAGUGACCUUCACGUGCAACAUACAAACAAUACCCAGGGUACAGUCAGCGCACUUUCUCACUGACAGAUGUUGUGAGAGUAUAAAUCCGCCUUAUGUGCAGUAUUGGCAAGACAAUCCUGGCAAGCCAGUCUCUCUUACUUGAACAUGACUAUCAGGAGUCGCGCUUACUAUAAAUAGAUCGGUUCGCGGUUAAUUUGAGCAAUAAUGCAUAAUUUGAAUGCUUCGAC